UUUCUAAACUUCAUGGAGCUCUCCAAGAUUAUAGUUUCAUUUUUUGUUCUUCAUUUCUUACUUUUUCAAUCACCAAUCUAUGCUGCACCUGGAAAUUCCAAUAUUUUCAGGGAAUACAUUGGAGCAGAGUUCAAUAAUGUCAAAUUUAGUGAUGUCCCUAUUCACUCUGGCGUCGAAUUUCACUUCAUUCUUUCCUUUGCUAUUGACUAUACAAUGUCUUCUUCUCCUCCAUCUCCCACCAACGGUCAAUUCAACGUCUUUUGGGACACAGAUAACCUCACCCCUUCUGCUGUUUCCGCGAUUAAAAACCAACAUUCUAAUGUUAAAGUAGCAUUGAGCUUAGGAGGGGACAGUGUUGGUGGAAGCAGCGCGUAUUUCAAUCCUUCUUCAGUUGAUUCUUGGGUUUCAAAUGCUGUUUCUUCUCUUACAGAUAUCAUUAAGCAAUACAAUUUGGAUGGAAUUGAUAUCGAUUAUGAACAUUUCCAAGCUGAUCCUAACACUUUUGCAGAGUGCAUAGGCAAACUAAUUACAACUCUGAAAAACAAUGGAGUUAUUUCAUUUGCUUCCAUAGCUCCGUAUGAUGAUGAUGAAAUUCAGAGUCAUUACAAGGCACUAUGGAAAAGCUAUAGUCAAGUUAUAGACUAUGUUAACUUUCAAUUUUACGCGUAUGAUAAGGGAACCACUGUGUCUCAAUUCAUGGACUAUUUCUCUACUCAAAGAUCAAAUUAUGAAGGGGGAAGGAUCUUGGCUAGCUUCGGCACUGAUGGGAGCGGUGGAUUAUCACCAGAAAACGGAUUUUUCACAGCGUGUAGUGAGCUUAAAAGUAAAGGAGAGUUGGUUGGAAUAUUUGUGUGGAGUGCUGAUGAUUCUAAAUCAAAUGGUUUCAAAUAUGAGAAGCAAUCACAAGCAUUAUUAACCAUAUCCCACUAGUGCUUUCAUAUCAUGCACAAUACUGUAAUAGUCAUUUAAACCCAAAACUAUGUCACACCUCUUUGUUUGUAUAAAUUUCUGAGGAUUUGAAUCAAUAUAUAUACUACCAUGUAUUGUAU